GCGGACGACUUCAUCCGAGCAAACGCCUGCAAUAAAUUGACCGUCAUUGCUGAGCAGAUCCGGUACUUGCAGGAGCAAGCACGAAAGGUCUUGGACGAAGCUAACAGAGAUGCUGAUCUGCACCAUGUGGCCUGCAACCUUGUGAAGAAGCCAGGAAACAUUUACUACAUGUACAGGCGGGAGAGCGGCCAACGAUACUUCUCCAUCCUCUCUCCCAAGGAAUGGGGGACCAGUCCCCAUGAAUUUCUCGGUGCCUAUAAGCUCCAACACGACAUGUCCUGGACUCCCUUUGAGGACAUUGAGAGACGAGAUGCUGAAAUAAACAUCCUAGACAAGCUGCUGAGCCGGCAGGCAGCGCUGCCCCCGUGUACAGAGCCCAACUUCCAGGGCCUCACCAAGUGA